CAUCACGAUGAACCAAUGAAGAGGGGCGUUUGGAGGGUGUGGGGCUUCAGGUUGGGCCACAUCACCAUAUUUUCUGAUUAUUUAUGUUGAAAGCUGAAGAAGGAAGAUGAAACCAGCUUACCCAUUCUGAAGAAGAGUGACAGGAGAGUGGAAUUUGCAGAGAAUAUACAAGCUUUCGUUGUUGGGUUACAACAAUUGACGUAAGAAAAAAAGCAUGGCCAGUUGGGUAAGGAGCCCGCAGCCUCAUCCCCAUCUCCAUCCUCAUCAAUCUUUCAACAAGCGGCUUCUAAUUCAACCGCAAAGUCGUACUUUCAGGCUUUCAAAUUCCCAUCGCCAUCUUCGGAGGAGAAUUUACUGUAACUAUGAUGACGAUGCCACUAAGAAACAAUCACAACCGCAAGCUCCACAGCCAAGUGGGAUUAAGCUCUACUCUGAGAUUGAGAGAUUACUUACAGAGACUGUAAGGCAAUCCCAAGGUCGCUGGGCUGGUUCAAGCGACUGGACUCAAGUGGAGGGGGCAUGGGUUCUCAAACCAAAAUCCUCAGAACCCAAGGCCGUUGUACAUUUUAUUGGUGGCAUAUUUGUUGGAGCUGCCCCUCAACUUACCUACCGCAUGUUUCUUGAGCGCCUCUCAGAAAGGGGUAUUUUGGUGAUUGCAACACCAUAUGCUAGUGGAUUUGAUCACUUCUUCAUUGCAGAUGAAGUCCAAUUCAAAUUUGAUCGGUGUUAUCGGUUUCUUAAAGAGACGGUUCAAGAUCUUCCUACUUUCGGCAUUGGCCAUUCUUUGGGAUCUGUCAUCCACCUUCUGAUCGGUUCAAGAUAUGCUGUUCAAAGAAAUGGGAAUGUGUUGAUGGCAUUCAAUAACAAGGAGGCAAGCUCAGCUGUUCCUCUGUUCUCACCUGUUCUUGUUCCAGUGGCUCAAGGCCUCGGACCAAUUUUAUCACAGAUUGCAUCAUCACCAACAGUCCGCUUUGGGGCAGAAAUGACUUUGAAGCAAUUUGAAAACCUCAGCCCUCCCAUCAUGAAGCAAGUUCUUCCUUUAGUUGAGCAGCUCCCUCCCUUGUAUAUGGACUUAGUUAAGGGAAGAGAAGAUUUUGUUCCAAAACCUGAAGAAACUCGGCGACUUAUAAAAUCGUACUAUGGUAUUUCCAGGAAUCUUCUGGUGAAGUUUCAGGAUGAUACAAUUGAUGAGACUUCAAUAUUAGCACAGUUGCUAAGUUCAGAUUCAGCCAUCAGUUCUAUGCUAGACAUGUCAAUUCGCUUAUUGCCUGGAGAUCACGGGCUUCCUUUGCAACAGGCUCUCCCAGACGUGCCUCCAGCAAUGGCAGAUGCAGUAAAUCGUGGAAGUGAAAUUUUGGCCAAUCUCACCGUGGGGACACCAUGGGAGACAGUUGCUAAAGAAGUAGGCAACUCAUUAGGCGUGGAUUCAAAGAUCCUUCGUGCAGAAAUAUCUAAAGACAUAGGCCUGCUUGUGGAUGUGGUUGUAUCUUGGAUAGCUUCCAACACAGGUCCAAAGCUUUUGAAGCCGUGAAGAGUUGGACAAACAAUAGCAUACACAUGAGAGACAGCAAUUGUUAUCUCACUUAGACAAGGAUAUGAUAUUUAACAGGACAAUGAAAGGAAUUGAUUUGGAAACAAAGUCUUGUUCAUAUUCAGUUUUAUCUUCAUUUCAUGUAAUUUCAGAGACGCCCAAUUAUAGAAGUAAUCAAACAUGUUUUUACACACCAAAGCCUUUGUUUAAA